CAAUGUACACAAUGUCAAAAAAACAACACAUAUCAAGCAGGAAAAUAAAUGGCUGCAUAGAAUUAGGCCAAAAGUGAAAAAUGUUAGGAUUAAGAGAAAAUCAAUAGAAUAUUCGAACUGUCGUUGUCUCCCCGGAACACAAUCGACGACAAGCUUUCACUAGCGCCUAAUAUAACCUGAACAACAAUGGACAUAAAUAAAGAACCAUCCGCUAGUGCCUCUGCAACAACGGAGAGGGAAGGAAAAAGCAACCUCAACCUUUCGGCGGACGAGCUGAAGGAGGAAGGCAACAAGUGCGUCAAGGCGGGGAACUUCGCGGAGGCCAUCCUGCACUACACUCACGCGAUCAAGCUAAGCCCAAACGAUGCUAUCCUGUACAGUAACCGGUCGCUGGCAUUUCUCAAAAAGCAGCAGUACUACUACGCGAACGAGGAUGCGGACAAGGCGAUAGCGCUGAAUCCCACGUGGGCCAAGGGCUACUAUCGGAAGGCGGAAGUGCACAUGAGCGUGGGACAGUACGAUACGGCUCUGCUGUCGUACGGAAAGGCUCUGCAGCUACAGCCACAGGACAUGGGCAUCAUUCAGUCGGCUCGGAAGGCUGCCAAUCUGAGCAACCAGGAUAUCGAGAAGGAGAAACGAACGCCCGUGAUGGGUGCCGGUAUUGGGUGCAUCGUGGGGAUGUUUAUUGUGUUCGCGGAUAUAUUGCUGACGGAAACCCCGACGUUGAAGUACACCUCAUUGAUGGUGCUGGUGGUGCUUGUUGUGGCAGGUAUUGGUUUUGGAAUUGCGAAAUUGAUGCGUUAUUACACCAAACUGCAGAGGAAGGGUUUAUUGGAUCCGCCGAUAGAUUUGUUGGAAGUUCCAAAUAGAUUUCCAAUCAACCAAAGAAGAGGAAGUGGAAAAUGGUGGCGUAGGGGACCAAAAACCGCCGCGGAAUCGUUACUCGAAGGCUCAAGCAAGACAGCGUUUUAAAAAGGGUAAAACAUAAUUCAAUUGGAGAGAUUGGUGCAGAUGGCGAUGACUGAUGGCUUGUCUCCAUAACCAUGAGAGUGAAAUUUCGUCUUAUAGAAAGCUAGUAAUGAUGCAACAACCACAACCAUUCUGGUCGGAAACUGAAUAGUGAAUACAAUUAUUAUUUAUGUCAUCACAACCAGAUAUCCAGGACAAGUCAAGUGGAGGUGGAGAAAGGGAAGCAUUUAGUUUUCCUCCGACUUUUACUUGUAAUGUUUACUGGGUAGUGUCUACAAUAGGUAGAACAAGAUUAAAAUGUCAUCUUUAGGGUAGUAUCCUAAGACUAUAGGACAAUGUUCCAUUUAUUCUAUUUUAUUUUGAACUAUUUUAUUUUUUCUUACCUUAAUUGUUGGGUGUUCUGUAGCUAAUGAUUGUGCAUUUGAAGGGCAUUUCCAGAUUCAAUAAACAUUUUAUGCACAGGAAUGCCAUCCAAUGUGGAUGGUAUGGAAACGAAUAAA